GCCCACCUCUAACUUGCCAUACUUUUGUUAAAGAAAUAUUUACAUUAAAGAUUUGCUUUUUAGCCAUCGAAUAUAAGCGGAAACAAGGAUGAGUGCAGCCGCCGCCGCCGCCGCUGCUGGAAUCCAGAGCACAGCGGGCGCCGUUCCCAUGCGCAAUGAGAAGGGUGAAUUGUCCAUGCAAAAGGUGAAGGUGCAGCGUUACAUAUCCGGAAAGCGACCCGACUACGCCCGUGCCGACUCCAGUUCGGAGGAGAGCGAAGACGAUGAUUUCAUCGACACCAGAAAGCGUCUGGAGCGCCACAAGGCGGAACGGCAUAAGCUGGAGCUCUCCCGUCGAGCAGGCAGCGCGGAGGGUGAGGAGCGGGCGGCGGGUGAGGGCCAGGAGGAGGACGAUGCCGAGGUGGACGAUCCCCGCCUGCGAAGAUUGCGACAAAGACCCGUGGACAUGGAGGACAUGGAACGUGAGCGGAGAGAGCGCCACCGACACAUCCACGAACCGGAAAUCAUGGAGAGCGACAGCGAGGACGAGGAGGAAGACAAGGAAGCACAGGGAGCCAUUCAGCGAGGCACCAACAAGAUCACACUGGCAUCCGAAUCCGACACGGAUGCCGAGCUCAGCGACACAGAGCUGGAGAACCGGCGCACCAAACUGAGAUCCCGGAUGCUGCAGCAACAGCGCGAGGAGGAGGUACUUCAGAAAGAGGACGAGAAGCAGUCGGAAUCCUCCGAAUCAGAAAGCUCCGAGUACGAAGAGGAGUCCGAAAGCGAGGAGGACAACGAACCCCGCCUGAAACCGCUCUUCGUCCGAAAGAGAGAUCGUGCCACCAUCCAGGAGAAGGAGCGAGAGGCUCAGAAGCAGAAGCAGCUGGAGGCGGAGGCCAAGCGGGCAGCCAAGGAGCGAAGAAGAGCCACCCUGCGAAUGGUCGAGGAGAGCGUCAAAAAAGAUCUGGAGAAGACCAAGCCGGAGACCAAUGAGGCCUGCAUCGAGGACGUGUGCACGGAUGACGAGAACGACGAGGUGGAGUACGAGGCCUGGAAGCUGCGUGAGCUGAAGAGAAUGAAGCGGGAUCGCGAGGAGCGUGAUAACGUCGAACGCGAAAAGCUGGACAUUGAUCGCAUGCGCAACAUGACCGAAGAGGAGCGACGCCAGGAGCUGCGCCAGAACCCCAAGAUGGUCACCAACAAGGCCACCAAGGGCAAGUACAAGUUCCUGCAGAAGUACUAUCAUCGUGGUGCCUUCUACCUGGAUGAGGAGAACGAUGUCCUUAAGCGCGACUUCGCCCAGGCCACGCUGGAGGAUCACUUCGACAAGACCAUCCUGCCCAAGGUGAUGCAGGUGAAGAACUUCGGCCGCUGUGGCCGCACCAAGUACACGCAUUUGGUGGACCAGGACACCACGAAGUUUGACUCGCCCUGGUACGCCGAGUCAUCCAGCAACAUCAAGUUCCACAACGAACGCGCUGGCGGCAUGAGGCAGCAGUUUGACAAGCCCACUGGCUCGAAGCGAAAAAAGAUGGAGUAGUUUUAGACGUAUGAUGUAUU